CUCAGCUACACUCCAUUUCCGUAUUACGAGACAUUUUUGGGAUACCCACCUGAUAUCCCAUCUCUCUACUAUACACGAACUAUACCAAAAAGUAUAUCUCCCAUACUUCUUUAUCGACAUCUGUGCUCUUUUCUCAUGAACGGACACUACGUAUUCUUUUUUUUAAUUUCAGUUUUCUUCAUUCUGUGUACGUAUAUUUUAUCAUAUUUCAAAAAUUUUAAUUCUAUGUUUAGGGAACAACGUAAAAAUUUUGAACAGCAGUGGCGACUAAUACAGGUAUUACUGCAACAACAAAUGUUACAACAGCAGCAUAUGCUGAACUUGAUCAAGCAACAACAACGGCAACCGGAAAAGCUGGAGGAAAAACAAACGAAGAAAAUAGAGCAGCAGCCUCCACGCCGAACCACAUCUGCUGGAAGAAAAGAAAGAUCUUACACGGUCAGUGGAGUCUCAAAGGAAGACGGCGAGGAGGUAGAGGAGGCCGAGGUAGUCGCAGUGGAAACAAACCAAACGCGGCGAGAUUCUCAUCCGAGGAAAUCGAUCACCGAAUUGUGUCGGUACUACCUACCUCCCCCCCCUCCUGAGCUGUCGUCACAAAUAACGUCCGAACAAGAACAAUCGCGGGUGAUGUCUCGGAUAAGGCCGCUUCUUGGAAAGGCGAUGCGAAUCGAUCUCCGGAACCUGAGGUGCCGUGACAGAGGUGGCAAAUACAUCCGUCUGCGAGAAAAUCUUCGAUGAUUCAGUUGGGGAGGUGACCGACUCCGAACCAAGAGGCGGAGGUCCGCGCUGCUGAAGACCAACUUAAUCGCUGGGGAAUAACAGACAGGAAAGCUUGUGGAGCCGCGUCUAUCCCGGCCAGUCGUGUCAUCAGUCUCUCAAUCGACUGUAGUGUAAAUUGCGGUAUCAGAAUCAAUGCCGAUCGUGCCGUUAGACGCACCACCAGCCUUUGAUCCAUUUAUCAUUAUGCAAAUUUAAAAGUUUAUCCAAAUAUUCAUAUACGAGGUGCUUCAAGAAGUACCCACUGUUUUUACAUAUCUGGACGAUAUGAUCGCAGGACGAACGUAGACAGCACCAGGAAUUGGUAUGCAGAAGAAGACAAACAUGGUUUGGCGAUAAACCUAACCGAGUCAAUCAUGAGGACCAAGGAGUUGGAUUUUCUAGGGUACAACAUUACACCGGGCGCAGUGCGUUCAUUAGCGGAACGAGUAAAUGCCAUACUAGAGUACAAAUUACUAAAUAUAGCAUACGAGUUGCGGAACUUCCUAGGUAUGACAAACAUUCAUCAUUCCCCUCUAUGUAAUGCCGCACGGAAUCAAGCCGUGUGGCACUAGUACUUAAAAGAUGCACGAAAGAGAGAUAAGAAAAAAAUCCAAUGGACAAUUGCAGCCAUAAAAAAUUCGAAGAAUACAAACAGAAACUAGCAAAUGUAGCACUACUUGCAUACCUUGAUGCAGAAUCACGUCUAACACUUUUUACAGAUGCUACAGAUUGGGCAGUUGGCGCGGUCUUAGGACAUCGUGAAAAUCAUUCGUGGAAGCCCAUAGCUUCUUAUUUAAAGAAAUUUUGAGAGAAACGCAAACGAAUUAUAGUACCUACGAUCGAGAGCUGUUAGGUAUCCACUUAGCAGUAAACCAUUUCAAACAUACAGUGACCCACAAAUGUGUUCGUGCACCUUUUAAAACGCAAUAACUUUUUUAAAACUGGACU